GUUUCUUUUUUGCUUCGAUUUGCCUUUUUGGGAUUGUGCAAAGGACCUCCGUUGCAUCGUGUGCUCAGGGUGGUUCCGGGUCAGAGAGCUCCUCCGUCGGAUCGAUCUUCCGGCAACGGGAGGUGAGGUGGUUCAGCCGUUCAUUCGGCAGACCUACUUCUGUGGCCUGGAAGUAGCCGACAACCUCCGAAGGUCGUCGGUCACCCCGCCGCCUGCAACCACUGAGGUCAUCGACAAGGGGCCCGCGGAAGCAGGCGAGGCUCCACAACCAGGAAGUUACCCAAAGUCCAGGCCACCGAAAAAAGAAGAAACAGAAGGUGCAUCGCCCGCACCAAGUGCCCCAAAGGAGGCCGAACCCUUGCCCAGGAAAAGGAUAGAGAGCAACAAGGUAAAGAAGAAGAAGAAGGAAUCAAUUAGCCCUGAGAGAAGCCUGCCAAAAGAAGAGAGGAGCCCCAAGCAAAGAGAGGAGGACAGUAGCAGAGCUGUGAAAGAGGAGCCCCAUUCCGAAGGCGAGGAGAAGCCUCAGGAGCCCACAAAGAAGAAGAAGAAGAAGAAGAAGAAGAAGAAGUCGAAAAAGAAGUGGGAACGGGAGUCGCGGUCCAGGUCUAGGCAUCAGGAGCGUAGACGACGCUCUCCUUAUGCAAGAAGAUCUGAGAGGAAGAAAAGAAAGCAACAGGAACUCUUCAACGAGUUCAGGCAAGAGCUAGAGGCAAGGCUCAGCCCCUUAGGGGGAAUUCUCAAGCGUCCGGCGGCCAAAGCGACAGAGGUUGAAGAGGAGGAUCUGGGAGGCAAGAGGGCCUCCGAGGUGUUUGAGCCAGGGGGGGUUGUCGCAGCCAGAGAAGUCCCCCUGUACCUUUGGAAGGCGGGGCAGCGCGUGGUGGCCUUGGAUUGCAGAGUGAUCAAUCUUCAUCUCUGCCCCAAGGAUUGCGGCAACCUCAGCAAGGAUGCUCUAGUCCAUUGCAAGGGCGUGAAGCAGUGGAAGGAGGAUCAGAAAGAGGGGUGGAUGGACAACCUCCUAGGCAUGGGAGGGUUACCCCCCGACGUGGACGAGCUCUCCAGGUUGAGGAGGAGAGCAGAAGAGACAGGAGGGGAAGCUCCAGACAGAGGACCCCCAAGGCAAGAGUCAGACACCUCAGAGGAGAGCAGGGCAAAGAGGCGCAAAAAGAAGAAAGGCAAGAAGGUGAAAAAAGACAAGGAGAGAGGAAAGAUAUCAGGCACCAAGGAGCUGGCAGCAGUCUUCGGGCCCACGGCAUUGGAUCCCAAUCCAGCCAAGCGCAAGAUUCUCAAGAGGAGAGCGCGUUGGGUGGCAAAGAGGAGGAACAAGAAGGAUGCAGACACCGCCUGCUCUACGGCAACGACCUCCGAUGGGAGCGACAGCUCCUUAGGGGAGGUGGGGACCUUGUUCGGCGACGAGAUCAAGGUCAAGACGGUUUGGAAGAAGGUGCCAGGGGCCCUGACAUUGAACGCCCUGGAGCAGAUGCAAAACGCGGUUGUUACCCAAACCGGGCAACCGUGGCAGCUCGACCUCAGUGCCAUACCUCCGAUUUUUUCCCAGUACUGGAGGAUGGCGCUUCAAGGGAGAAUGUCAGGAGCCAUGGCACGAGAAGCGCAUGCAGACGGUGUGCUUUGUUCAGGACCUCCUAUUACAAGGGAGGGUCUGAGCGGCGUGCGAUGUCCUCACCCAGCGCUUACAAGGGCUGGAGCAAAUUUCUGGAGGAGGACAUUUCUCCGUGGCACAAAGGUUGGAGCUGGUGCCGACCGAGGUGAAUCUCCUUUCAUUUCAAGUCCGGUCGAGACCUUAGAGGCCAGCCGGCUCCAACGAGAAGAGCUGCGGGCCCGGAAUGCCGCUUCGAGACCGUGGGAGAAGAAGACAGAGUGGGACAAACGAGGGGAAGACCAUCGUGGAAAAGGCAAGGGCAAGGACAUGAAGGGCAAAGGCAAAAGCAAGGGCGAUACAACUCAAAGGGGUGGCAAGGACGAGGCGAGUAUUAGUACAGAGGACGAUGGGAGGUUGCGUAGGAGGCCGUCCUGCAUGCCUCCGGUGGUGUCCAAAGAGUUUUCAAGUGCCACCUCUUCCGGCCCGACCGGACUGGAGAGGGUGACGCUCAGUAGUUUCAACCCCAAGGGGAAGACUUUUGCGGAGCUGGCUGAAAUGUUGGUUCCAGUUUUUUCUGAUCUUGUGGAUUCCUUAGGACUUUCGCGUAGCAAGACCAAGUGCUCAGGUGGUAUUUUUCCACUACCUGAAACCCUAGAGGUGUUGCGGAAGCAUUUCAGCCAGUUGACCCUAGCGGAAGGCCAGUUGCUGCUGAUGGUAUGCCGGUCCCUCAACUCUUACUAUGGCGUAAGAGCAGCAGCAGGGCGUCCGAUCUCGGGCACAACGCUCGGUGCCUUGGAAGGCUCUGAUAGGCUCCAUCACUUCGUGCGGCUUGGCGACAGAAAAGCUUGGGGGCCUGAGCUGGGAGGAAUGUCUCCCUUUGUUUUGGAGGACUCUGAGGUCUUGCUGAUGAGUUCUGAAGACAUUAGGUUACCAUUAUUGGGGGCUACCACGGCACCCAAAGAAGAGCGUCCAGCAGGAGACCCACUCAACCGGGUUUGGACUUUCAUUGGUGAAUUCAGUGGGGGCCCCCCUGUCAUCAAGAGGGAAUUGCCACCACUAGUGAAGCUGGAGUUGAUUCGUUUUCUUGGAACAGUGCCGUUGGCGCAGAUGAAUUUGCGCUCUCCCAUGAGGGGAGAGGCAGGUCUUCCUGGGCGUGAUCGGCGACUCCAGGGCUUUCUGGCUAGGCCUCCUCUGGUGCCUAUGCGCCAGUCGACGGGAGGUGUUCCUGAGGAACAGCUGACAAAGAAGCUUAUGAACUUCGUAUCCGUGAAGGGAGAAGACCUUAUGGUCCAAGCUCCUACGGAGAACGUGGUUCGGUUUCACAGGCUUCGAGCAUCUGUGCCUAGUAAACUGUGGCGGUGGGGCGCAAUAUGUGGCUGUGCGUGGCAACAUGGUGGCUGCCACAUCAACUUCCUUGAGUUGCAAGCCAUCCACACGUGCCUGGAAUGGCGCGUGGGCAGGAAACGGCACCGUAGUUGCCGCAUGUUGCACUUGACGGACUCGCUGGUAUGCCUGCACUGCCUUGGCAGGGGCCG